UCCCUGUUCUCUUCGGCCGCUCUCUCACAUCCCCCUCCCCCGUCCGGUUUUUCCGACGUCGAUUAAAUUCGUUUUUCUUAAUCCCUUUAGAGAGGAGAUAUUUUUUUUCUCAAUUUUCGAAAUGCAGAAGGAUAAAUUGUUUUUUACUGGCACACGAAGUUUGCGAUAAAUCGGGGCGAAAGAUCGGUAAGAUAUUUCCAAGUUCCGUUCUCAAGAAGAUACGUGUAACGCGUCCCUUCGAGGAGCUAUUGUAAACGCAAUUUGCCGGUCUUCCGCCUUUAUUGUAAAUCGCGUGUGAUUGAGAAAGCGCGAUGAAUCUUCACCUCUCUGUCUCUAAAGACACCGGGAGCGUAAAAUUACAAAAUUAACGAUUGCUGGACCGACGUUGGUGAAACCGGUCGCCAGACCCUUGGAUUUUUCGUCACGGCAGGAAUGAGAUCGCAGAAGAGACCGCGGCUUCGGCGUUACGGUCGCGUUGCGCGCUGUAGUGAAUUCGCCAAUUUCUAUCUAUAUCGCCGGAGAGAGAAUCUUGUUUACAGAUACGGGACGGAUAACGCGAUCGUUGGCCUGUGUGUAGCGCGCGACGGCGAAUAAUAAUAGGGAUAUAUUUAUCGAAGGUAACGGCAGGCGCGACCGGCGCGCGGCGGUACGUCGUCGCAGGCGUUCGUGAAUAUUCCAUCGCGAUUGCAUAACGUUAACGCGCGACGAUACUUGAGCCGUUUGGGAGCCCGCCAGCCGUCUCAUAAAUAUAUGCACAAUAACGUAACACAGUUUAUUCUGAGACCGACGUCUGCUCAAAAUGUAUCACGCCCCGGCGCCGACGUGAUCUUAUUAACGGGCCGGUCCGUUCGAUACAUAAUGCAGCAUAUCUGCACUGCGGCGUUAAUCUUGCGAGCUCGAUACGAAUUUCUCCAUUUCGACCGUGUAGAAUUAUGUGACCCAACUAUAUGUAAAGCCAGGGGUAUAUCCGCAGCAUUUAUUGUCGCAUUGAAAUUGCAUAAACGCAAAUGCCGAAUCUUGCGAGAAGAUCGCGAGAUGUGCAUUUGCGUUUUUUUGCUCAAAAGUCAAAUUGUAGUCGCGAACGAUUACUCUGGAUUUCAAUCCUGUCGAUGACGUCUAAUCAUUCGUUGUCAGUGUUCGAGGCCCCCACCCCCCCCUCUUUAUGUUUCCCUCGUACUUUAUAUCUCUUUCGCACCCCCCCGCGUGUUUUACGUUUUGUCUCUCUGAUUAAUUAACGAAUUAACGAGUUGUACAUAAUCACGUGUCUUGUUCGAGUUUACGUCAAAGCGAUGUGUCACACGUCCUUGUAUCUCAAGGCUCGUUAUUUUGUCCGAUCCCCUAUAUUAAUUUAUAUUGACUUUGCGCCAUAAUUGAACGACUCGCAAGCAAUAAUUGCAAUAUACCCACGCCCGCAGAUCCCAUGAAUAAGCGGUUCUUACAUCCCCGAUGACAUCUUCCACGAUGUAAAUUAUGAAAAAAAAAAAAAAAAAUAUCCCCCCAAAAAAUUCAAUAGAACGCUUUAAGAGACCCGGGGGGAAGGAAAGCCGAAAUCCGAUGACGAUUGCAGUAUAUUCUCCCCUUCUCGUCGAUUUAUCUUUCGGGACACGAGUCCCACGUGUCCCCGUGAAUUUUCACGGAUUGACCUCCAACUCGGUCUGGAAAAAAAUCGAGCGAAAUUAUCCGUUAAAUCCGUUUGCAAACAAUUUUAAGCCUAUAACGCUCACAAUUGUCAUCCCUCCCCCCCUCCCAAAGCGUAUCUCCGAUGCGCCGUCAUCAUUCCCCAUUUCCAAUAUCUCUUCUGGUCAUUUACGAAUCCACGGUCCUUACGACUGAGAUAACUCCAUCCCAAGACAGUCAUGGGAUUCCUCGCUAUACUCUCAUUAAUGCCUUCUCCCGUGAUUCGCUGCGGUGCGCACUUUGGUUUCUUCUUUCUUAUAUAUGCUUGCACAUUAUCGCCUUUUACUACUUGCCUCUUUUCUUUCCUCUUCUCUUGUCUGUCUCUCUUUCUCUCUUUUUUCGUUCUUUCACAUGUCGCCUCUGCCACCUCUCCUCUCUGUCCCGCUCUGUUUCUCUCUGACUUUUCUAUUUAUCCGACCGUGCAUCUAUCUAUCUGUCUGUCUGUUCCGCCCAUGUGUUGUCUGUGUGUGUAUACGUGCGACGAGCGGCAUUGAAUAAAAUAUGCACUACGGGAGAGAAUGGAUGGAGUUGUAAUAAAGUAGUGGAGAUAUGGACGUGAGAAUCGCGUAUGGAGUUCUGGGGGAUCUUGCGAGAUCUUCCAGAGAGCGGGCUCAACCGUCGUGAUUUAAAGAGAGUUACUUUUGUUUUCACUCCGGCCUCCUUCAGGGAAUCUGGCGAGAAUAUCGAGUUUAUGAAGAGGCAAGAACAGAAAAGAAGCGACCUCGACGAACAGCUCAAAGAAUACAUAGCAGAAUGGCGAAAGCAGAGGGCCAAGGAGGAAGACGAGUUGAAGAGACUAAAGGAGAAACAAGCGAAACGGAAGGUAACCCGCGCGGACGAGGAGAAGAGAUUGGCCCAGAAGAAGAAGGAAGAGGAGGAACGUCGCCAACGUGAAAUUGAGGAGAAGAAACAACGUGACAUCGAAGAGAAGAGACGGCGCCUGGAGGAAUCGGAAAAGAAACGCCAGGCAAUGAUGCAAGCGAUGAAAGACGCAAGUAAAGUAAAGGGUCCAAACUUUACCAUCACCAAGAAGGGUCUUGAGGGUAAUCUUUCAUCAGCGCAACUUGAGCGUAACAAGACGAAAGAGCAGCUCGAGGAAGAGAAGAAGAUCUCCCUUAGCAUUCGCAUCAAGCCCUUGGAAAUCGAAGGUCUGUCCAUUGACAAGCUCCGUACUAAGGCUACCGAAUUGUGGGAGACCAUAGUCAAACUUGAAACUGAAAAGUACGAUCUGGAGGAGCGACAAAAGCGUCAGGAUUAUGAUCUUAAAGAGCUGAAGGAACGUCAGAAGCAACAACUGAGGCACAAAGCCUUGAAGAAAGGCCUCGAUCCUGAGGCUUUAACCGGCAAAUAUCCCCCGAAAAUUCAAGUUGCCUCGAAGUACGAACGUCGCGUUGAUACCAGGUCCUACGACGACAAGAAGAAACUUUUUGAAGGCGGCUAUGACACGCUUUUAGCGGAGACCAACGAGAAAACGUGGAAACAGAGAACAGAACAAUUUAUGAAGCGUACCAAAACGAAGUUACCUAAGUGGUUCGGUGAGAGACCGGGCAAGAAGGCUGGCGAUCCCGAAUCACCGGAGGGCGAGGAAGACGUGAAGGCCGCCGUCGACGACGAUCUCGAGGAGCCGCAAUUUGACGAAGAAGAGGAGGAGGAAGCGAAGGAGGAGGGCGACGAGGAGGAAGAGGAGGAAGAGGAAGAGGAGGAGGAGGAGGAGGAGGAAGAGGAGGAAGAGGAGGAGGAGGAGGAAGAGGAGGAAUAAACCUUCUGGUCCUUCGCUUCGGCGCGUGCACGGAUGUUAAGGGAAAGCGUAUCUGAAAAAUUUCAAAAAAUGAUCGUUGCACAGUCUCGUUAACACUUUUCGAACAAAGAUCGAGCGCAGUCAGUGGCCAAGUCGGGGUAGAAAUGCCUACAAGGGCGACGUUUCUUCCAUUUACUUCCGGAAACUGUCGGGCUGCUCUUUGAGAUUCAAACGUCGAAGUGGACGAGGCGAACGACGCGGAUGUUGCUUCUGUAGUAAAUCACUCUACUACCGCUACUGUCACUUGUACGGCCACUACUGCUACUCUACUAUUAUCUAUUAUUAAACUACUACUACUCCUAUUGUUACUAUUGCUACUACUACUACUUCUCUUACUAUUAU